CCAGUGCCAACAAAGAAGGCUUCCUUGGAAAACUACUUCAUUGGUAUAUUAAGGAUAAGGUGCUUUCAGAUAUGAAUUGAAAACACAUAAGGUUAAUUUACGAUUCAAAGACAAUUUAGAAUAAAUACCACAAAUAAUGUUGGGAGCACCACACUGCAUCUUUCACGUACCAAUUUCAAACAACUCUAAGAAUACACUAGCUACCAUGGCUACCAAAACUCAGUGCUAUCAUAUUUGUUUGACAUUGGUUUUCUGCAUGGCGAUGUGGGCUUUUGAAGUCACAUCUCGCACUCUCCAAGAUGACUCCAUGCAUGAGAGGCAUGAGGAAUGGAUGAGUCGUUAUGGAAAAGUGUAUAAGGAGCCUCAGGAAAGGGAGAAGCGUUUAAGAAUAUUCAGGGAAAAUGUGAACUACAUUGAUGCCUUCAACAAUGCUGCCAAUAAACCUUACAAGCUUGGUGUUAAUCAAUUUGCAGACCUCACCAAUGAGGAGUUCAUAGGAACAAGAAAUAGGUUCAAGGGUCACAUGUGUUCCUCUAUCACAAGGACAACCUCUUUCAAGUACCAAAAUAAUACUGCAGUGCCAUCCACAGUGGAUUGGAGGAAAAAGGGUGCGGUGACACCAGUCAAGGACCAAGGCCAAUGUGGAUGUUGCUGGGCGUUUUCUGCUGUUGCAUCAGCAGAAGGAAUUCAUCAAUUGAGCACUGGAAAAUUGGUUUCUUUGUCUGAACAAGAACUUGUUGAUUGUGACACAAAGGGUGUGGACCAAGGUUGUGAAGGUGGUCUUAUGGAUGAUGCUUUCAAAUUCAUCAUACAAAAUCAAGGACUCAACACCGAAGCCAAUUACCCGUAUCAGGGUGUUGACGGAAAGUGCAAUGCAAAUGCAGCAGCCAACGAUGCUGCUACCAUUACUGGGUACGAGGAUGUUCCUGCCAACAACGAGAAGGCACUGCAGAAGGCUGUGGCCAAUCAACCGGUGUCUGUGGCCAUCGAUGCCAGUGGCUCUGACUUUCAAUUUUACGAGAGUGGUGUGUUCACUGGGUCAUGUGGAACUGACUUAGAUCACGGUGUCACAGCUGUGGGAUAUGGUGUUAGUGACGAUGGAACUGAGUAUUGGCUUGUAAAGAACUCAUGGGGAACCCAAUGGGGUGAAGAAGGCUACAUUAGGAUGCAAAGAGGUGUGGCUUCUCAAGAAGGACUCUGUGGCAUAGCUAUGCAGGCUUCUUACCCUACUGCAUAA